AUGGACGGCACACCCUCCGGUGCCUUGCUGUCCACAACCGUGCUGCUGCAGGACUCGCUGGACUCGCCAACCGUGGCCUCCCUGAGCGAGCUACUGGCCACCAAGACGCUGGUGGCUGCAGGAGACAAAUGGCGUGGUGAAGUCCAUGAUGGUGGCGACUGCCAGCGUCUUCUCCAGCGGCGCGUCCGGAGCGGCGUGCGCCAGCACGUGGGCUCUUGA